CUAACGAUGGAGGGUAAACUCGACAGGAUCCGCAAUCAAGCUGAAGCCAAGCUUGAAAACCAAAAAUUGUAUGGACAGACACUCUUAGCAAUCGAGGAGACGAUCCGUGAAAACAAUGCCGAGCUUUCUCCUAUUGCUUACUUUGGUGCCAUUAUGAGCACUCUUGAAUCAUCUCAAGGAAGCCUUGAAAUUAACGGAGCUCUCUUGUAUCUCCUUGAUGAAGUAAUCCCUUUCCUCCCUCCCACCGUUCUUCGUUCCAAAUUCAGUUCCGUUAAUGCUAUUCUCGAAGCCGCCUACGAACAAUACAAGUCGGAACAGCCUGUCGUACGAUCAAUUAUUGGAUGCUGGCAGGAACUUUUGGCUAACCAGGAUCUCAAUGGAUGGUCUAUGCCUAUAACCAAGAAAGCUUAUCAGAUUUUGUUGAUCCUUUGUGCUAACACUCAAGCCAAAGCACGAAAGAGGGCACACGAUGCUAUCCGUUCCAUUCUUUCUAGACCUCCUCCCCCUACCAUUACCCAUCCUGCUGCAAGCAUGACAGCUGACUUCAUUCUCCGUGUUCUCCACGAAACAACAAAAUCAGACCAACAUGCUGCUCAACAAAUCCUCGCCCUCCUCCAAUCAAUUGUUCCUUACUGGCCUGUUAACCGCUUCAACACUCUUUGCCAGACUUUGUUGCAGCUGCCCAAGUUUAACAACAUCUUUUUGACAAAAGCUUCGUUUGACGUGUUCCAAGCAUUAUUUGAAGCAGAAGAAAAUGAUAUGGAUGAGGAAAAGUUCCUGAGCCUCCUUGGGGCAAUUUGCGAGCUUAAGCCUGCUGCUAUUGAUGAUCGUUUACUGCCCACGUGGUUAUUGAUCAUUAGUAAAGCCUAUCCAGCAUUUGCAAAGAUUAACAAGACCCGAUGCGCAACUGACCUUCCUAUCAUUUACACUCUUAUCUUCAAAGAUUUGAACCAAGAAUCGAAGUGCUACCGCGAGAUUGCUGCUUGUCUCAGCACCUUGAUUGAGACUUGUGUUACUGAUGAAAUGAUUGAACAGGCCCACGCUGGUCAGAAUAAUGGAUUGGUUGAUAUGAUUUGUAUGGCUGAGUCUGGUUUGGGCAUUUACUACCAGGCAGCAUGGCAGCACAUAAUGGUAGUCAUGCACACAUUUUUCUAUAAACUCAAGCGUUACUCGGUUCCUUUGAUGAAUGGUUGUCUUGCCCGACUUGGCGAGCUCCGUUUGACUCCUGCCGAAAACUACAAGGAACAAUUGGAUAAGACUUUGGGUGCAGCUAUUGCUACCAUGGGCCCCGAAGCUUUCUUAGCAAUCUUGCCACUUAACCUUGAAACCCCUAGUUCCUCGGAUUCAGUCGGACGUGCUUUCCUUUUGCCUCUUCUUAAAGCCUACACCACCAACACUUCGCUAGGCUUCUUUGCUAACUUCUUCAUUCCUCUGGGUGACCGUCUUGCUGAGCGCGGCCAGUCAGCCGCCGAGCGUGGUUUGGACUUACAAGCUAAACUUUACGAGACAUUGGUGAAUCAGAUCUGGAGUCUUGCACCUGGCUUUUGUGAUUUGCCUUACGACCUUUGUGAAGCUUUCAAUGAUCAAAUUGCCGAACGUUUUGGUUCCAUUCUUUACACCCAACCCGAAUUGCGCCCAACAAUUGCUAAGGCUCUCCAGCUUUUGAUUGAGAAGAACAGAGGCCUUGCCAAAUCAGACGCAACCGAUGCUGAUCUUAAGAAAGCAUAUGGUGUAUCCAAAACUGAAGCUCUUGCCAAUGUUGAACAUCUGAGUAAAUUUGCUGUCAACUUCCUUGCAGUAUUUUUCAAUGUGUACAGCCAGAUUGCGCCUGUCCACAGAGGUUUCUUGAGUAAUCUUAUUGAUGCUUACUUGAGUAUCACUAGCCCUCAGGAUAUUAACAUCACCUUCCAAAAAGUUUUGGGUCUUCUGUCCCAGUCCCUCGAAAACCCUGAAGAAAUCUCCCCAGACCCUGCCGCUCCUCCCCCCAUGGCCCACACCAUGCUUGAUCUUGCUACAAUCAUGGUGCCUUUCUUAGACUUCCAGUCUAUCGAAAUCCUUUAUAAUGGCGUUGUCUCUACUUUGAUUGAAAAAGAAAAUCAGCCCACAUUACAAAAGAAGGGCUACAAGAUCCUUUCCCACUUGAUGGAUUAUAAUGUUGGCCGCCAAGUAAUCUUGAGCCAUAUUGACGAUGUCCAGGAGAAGCUGUUGGCUGCAACCGGCUCUUGUUCUUUGGCUGCAAAGAAGCAUCGUGUCCUGACUCUUGUUCAGAUCGUUCGCCUACUCCCAUCUUCUGAUCUCCAUUUCAUUCCUGCUAUUUUGUCCGAGGCAGUCAUCAGUACCAAGGGUAACAACGAGGCUAUGCGUAACCAUUCUUUCACUCUCCUCGUUGAAAUGGGAAAGAGAAUGAAGGAAGGUGGCAUAGUAAAGAAAAGCAAACUUGAAGGACUUGAAGAUAGUGUGCCUGAUGCUCCUGCCUCUAUCAGUGAGUUCUUCAUGAUGGUUACUGCUGGUUUGGCAGGUACAACUGCGCACAUGAUUGCUGCUACUGUUACAGCACUCGCACGUAUUAUUUUUGAAUUCAAGGAUGACAUGUCUCCCGAGCUGGCUUCUGAACUCCUUCAAACCAUGAACGUUUUUGUCGCCUCCAACAACAGAGAAAUUGUUCGCGCCGCUCUUGGCUACACCAAGGUGUGCGUUGUUAUCCUCGAUACCUCCAUUAUUGAACCUCAGCUUCCUGCUGUCAUCUCCAGUAUGCUUAAGUGCAGCCACCAACAUCGUGUCCAUUUCAAAAUCAAGCUCCGUCAUAUUUUCGAACGUCUUAUUCGUCGUUUCAGUUAUGAAACUAUCGCCUCCUUAGUUCCCGAAGAUGACAAGAAGCUUAUUGCAAAUAUCCAAAAGCGCCGCCUCCAGGCUAAGCGCAAGAAGGCAUUUACUCACGAUAAGGACGAGGACGAGGAUGAUGUUAUUGGUGCUCGCGAAACAGUCAGCAAACUUGCUGUUCACAAUGAUGCCUUUGAGGAAAUUGUAUAUGGUAGCGAAAGUGAAUUGGAAGAUUCAGACAAUGAAGACCAGCCUACUGGUAGAGCACCACUUGGUGGAAAUGACAAGAAGAAAAACAAGAAAAAGAGCAUGGACACAACUUAUAUUCGCGAAGAUGAAGAGAGUGGACCUGUUGAUUUCUUGGAUCCCUCUGCCUUGGGCCGUAUUUCAUCUGCUAAACCUGUACAGCGAAAACAGAGAAACCUUGAGAGAUCUUCUGGAUUUGCUCAGAGUGAGGAUGGUCGUAUGGUGAUUGGUGGAUCAAAUACCGAAGACAAGAACAAUGUAGAGGAAUCACCAGAAGAAAAUUACUACAUGCAAGCUCAGAAUAGUGCCGAUGGUUUCGUUCGUGAUAGACACAACAAGAUUAAGUUCAAGAAGGGCAAGAAUGGAGCAAAUGAUGAUGACCAUAUGGAUUUGGAUGACGGAUCUGCGGUGAAGCAGAUUAAGAAGAAGACACAGCAGUAUGAGAGAAUCGGAAAAGAAUUCAAAGCAAAGAGAGCUGGCGGUGAUGUUAAACGUAAGGGUAAGGCUGAGCCUUUUGCGUACAUGCCUUUGAGCAAGGUCAUAAAGAAAAAGACACACAAUGGACCAAGGGUCACUUUUACUGGAAAAGUAAAAAAAUAAGCAUCCAUAUAUGAAUUAAUUGACAUAAAAAAUAAUAAUAAAAAGCAUUGCAUUACAGUUC